UAAUAAAAAUUAUUUUUCAAGUUUAACUAAUUUAUAUUAAAUUAUUAUUAAAAAUGAAUUUCUAUAUCUGUUUUGGAAUAUUACUUUGUUUUAUGUGUUUAAUAACCAUACCUACGUUUUCAACCGGAAUGUCCUGGUUCGGAACAAAUAAUGAUGCAUUAAUAGAAGCGAUUUUUAAUCCAUUAAAUGAGAAAAAUUAUCCCAUAUCAUUUUUCGUCAUACAAUAUUUAAUGGAUAAAUGUUUUAAUAUUUCUGUUAAAAACGGUAAAAUUAUACUCAAAAAAAAAUUAAAAAGUGUAUUUAAACAAAAAUUGUUUAAUUCAACAGAAGAAAUAAAAGAGCUGAUGAGUUAUUCAGAUGGUGACUUAUCAUUAAAAUUUGUAAGAUACUUUGAAAGUUUCAUGUUAGACGAAGAACUCUUUAAAGAAUUUUUACAAAUUAGUGAUAUAAAUAAAAACGACACUGUCCUAAAAGAAGUAGCAUUUGACAUUUUUUUUAAGAACAAAUUGCUUUGUAUGUUACUUAAAAAAGACAUUAAUGAAAUACUCACAAAGUAUACAAAUAAACAAAAUCAAUUUAAUUACUUAGAUUAUGAAAUGUUGUCAACUUUUCUAAAAUUGUCUAAAAAUUCAGAAAGAGACCAAAAUUAUAUUGUAUCAGCCUUUGUAGAAUAUGUAAUUAAGAAUAGCACUGUCUCUAAAGAAGAAGCAGCUACAAUUUUUUUCAAUAGCCCAUUGUUUACAGAUCGCAUUAAUGACAUAAUCAAAAAGUAUACAAAUGAUCAAAAUCAAUGUAAUUACAAAGAAAUGAUAGCAGGAUUUGGCGAUGAUUAUACAGGAGAUAAAUCUUUCGUUUUGACUUAUGAUCAAGAGACACAAAAAUGGAAAAAAAAAUACACAAAUUAAUUUCUAUUCUUAGUUUAUAAAAAUAUAGUAACACUCCAUUAAAAUUAUUUUUUUCAUAAAAUAUUUAUUCAAAAAUGUUUAUAUUGAUUUUCAUCAAUUUAUAUUUGAUAUAAUGUUUAGUGAAAACAUGUAUCAUAUAAUAAAAAUUUAUCACUUGCGUCUAAUAUUAUUUAAA